AUGCGUCUUUCAACCCUCGUCGCCACUGUCGCCAUGUUUGCCAACACUGCUUUGGCAGCUUACGCUACUGUAUACAACAACUGCAAAUUCACAGUCUUCGUCACGUCCGUUCAGACCGAUCAAUCCCCCGUCCAGAUGAUUCUGCCUAAAGGGCUGUACGUCGAAACCAUGAAAGUAGCCAAGAACGGUGUCGGCGUUGCCGUCCAGGUCAUGAAGUCCCAAGAUGGCCUCUACAACGGCAAGCCUGUCUUGACCAUGGCAUACUCCUUGGACCCGAAAGCUGGACUCUACUACAGCUUGAGCACUGCCCACGGCUUCGACUUCAAAGGCGAGAAUCUCCGCAUCCACAACAGCGGCGGCGCUCCCCUGGAACAGAUUGUUUGGGUGGGCGAACCGAAGCCGGACUACAGUGCGAUCUACCAUGGCACCGCAGACCUGAACCUCAACCUAUGCGACACCUUUGUUGAAUAG